AUGGCUAGCACCGCCAAAUACCAACCCGCGCCGACGCAGGACCCCGAAGAGGGCACCUGGAGCCAGGCCCCACCGUCCUACCAGGCUGAGAGUGCUGACGAUACCGAGCGUCUGUUUGGAGGCGGCGCACCUCGAAGCAGCGAAGACAACAUCCCCGAUGACUUCAAGUUCGGCGGUUCCGUGGCAGAGGCUACCGUCGACAUUCGCAACCAGUUCAUUCGCAAGGUCUACACCAUCCUGACCGCCCAGCUCAUCGUCACCGGUGUUGUCAGUGGUCUCAGCUUCUGGAGCGAGGGCUACAAGGCCUGGAUCCAGUCGCAUCCUGCCCUCGUCUUCGUAUCGUUGUUCGGUGCCAUCGGUUUUAUGCUCCUGACCUACUGGAAGCGCAAGUCUUACCCGACGAAUCUACUCUUCCUUACCGGAUUCACCCUGCUUGAGGCGUACUCCAUCUCUGUCAUUGUCUCUUUCUACAAGUCCUCCAUCGUACUCAACGCGGUCUUCCUAACCGGCGGCAUCUUCAUCUUCCUUACUCUCUUCGCCUGCCAGACCAAGUACGACUUCACAUCAUGGAUGCCUUACCUCUUCGGUGGUCUCUGGGGUCUGAUUCUUUUCGGCUUCAUGGCUGCGUUCCUUCCCUACAGCAGCACUGGUGAGCUGAUUUACGGAGGUCUCGCCGCCCUCAUCUUCUCUGGCUACAUUCUUGUCGACACCCAGCUGGUCAUCCGCCACCACCAUGUCGAGGAGGAGAUUGCUGCCGCCAUUAGUCUUUACUUGGAUAUCCUCAACCUGUUCUUGGCAAUUCUGCGCAUCCUGAACAGCCAGCAAAACAACUAG